AUGGUCCCCAAGAUGUCUCUCGAGUCCGCCCUUGACGAGGAACGGCGCGAGAUCCUCGAGAUCCUCCAGGGCCGCACGCAGCAGCAGCAGAACAGCCCCCAGAGCCCUCAGAGCCAGCACAACCAGUCUCCUCGUCCCCACCACCAUGCUACCGUACAAGCUCCUCCCAUCCGCUCCAUGCUCGAUGUUGCGCCUGCUCCCUCGGGACGGCCAGGGUCGGUCAAGUCGUCGUCUGCCAGCGUCCGGAGCAUGCUCGACCCGAUAUCACCCUCGCCGCUGAGGGAGACUCACAGCGCGGCGUCCUCGCCCACCUCCUCAGCCCAUACUCCGUCCAUACACGAGCCGGAAGGCCUGCGUAGGGCCUCAGAGUCAUCCUAUGGCGGCCUGCCGUCGAUAGGGAAGAAGACCGGCGUCGAGGCGUACCAGUUUGGCAUGCUGCCCAGCGUACCGAGCCAGCUGCCAAAGCGAGUCACCCAGGGUGGCAAGAAGAGUGUCACCGGGAACGGCAACAGUCAUAACAGUAAUAACAAGCACCACCCCAACUCCAUGGCCGCCGUCAUGUCCGGGGCCGACUUUGGGCCUUUACCUGGCUUCCCGCGUGGCAGACAGAUCGGCCGCCAUGCUCGUGGAUUUCCACACAGCUCCACAUCUCCCAUGCGCUCGCGGUCUCCAGCACCACGCUCGCUGAACAGUCUAAAUCCACAGGCAGCCAAUUCAAAGUCGAACGUCAACACCUUCGUCACAGACUCCGGCAGGGUUAUCAACUUGGAUCAUGCUUAUCGAAAGCUAUCUAAUGCGGCGCUGCAGCGGUCAAGCGGCAGUCUGGCCCAUCUGCCUCACAUUGAGAAGAAGGAACUCGAAGACCUAGCUGAGCAUUCAGACUCCGAUGCUAGGCUUGCUAAAGAUUACUAUGAUACCCCUGACGGCGGCUUUAGUGAGGACCACACCAGUGAAGACGAGGAAGACAUAAGCUCGGAUGAUGAGCUGUGGCGAUUGGGCGUUGGAAGAGGCCGUGGCCGGACGAGAAAGAAACGCGACAGCCAGGGAACUGAUCGCGAUCUAGAUGACCCAGAAGCAGCCAAAAAGGUCAGAAGUCUUCUGGCAGCCGCCGAAGAAGAACGCAAAACCGUGUCCUCAACGUAUAAAGUCCGGUCUCUGCUUGAGCCUGACAACCGUGCUGUUGCAGCAGCGGCUGAAAAGCCCAUGAAACACAAGACCAGUGUCCAUCCAAACACUAAUUUCGAUAUCACCGUCUCCCAAGGCAAUACCCCCGUUGGCUCAGACGAUGAGGGUGAUGGAGGUGGCCGUGACGGUAGUCCCAUGGAGGAUGAGGCCGAGAUCAGUGAAAUCAAAAAGGCCCAGAAUCUGAACGUCUACCUCUCGCCAACAGACCAGUCGGUGCCCAACAGGGUCAUUCGCACUAUCGUACGCGGAGAUUUUGCCAAGAUGCAAGAGGAGGCUGAGCAAGGCCUUCGUCGAACCCGUAGCUAUCUCGUGGCUACUGACCUGAGCGAGGAAUCAGUCUAUGCCCUCGAGUGGACUAUCGGUACUAUCUUGCGUGAUGGAGACACAAUGUAUGCCAUCUACGCCAUCGACGAAGAAAACUCAUCGUCCUCUGCCAAACCGUCUGAAACAGACCUUCCAUCCGUAACGCCAAUAAGCGACGGAUACAAGGCUGUUCUGGACUUGGUUACCACAAUGCAUUCACAGGCCGGAGGCAGUGCAAAAGCACCCACCCGGCCGUCAUCAUCGUUCCCUUCACCGCAAGUCUCAACCACUCAUCUCCCUGGUUCUGCUAGCGACAGGGAGAAAGAGAAAGACAACCAUAAAGAAAAGGGCUUAGAGAGCGCAACCGGUUCAGUGGAUUCAAGAGCCUUAUCGAAGGCGGAGGCAGACCGGGCCCAUGCCAUCGACGGCCUCACACAGACAUGCGUGCGUCUGAUGCGCAAGACGAAGCUGCAGGUUCGUGUGGCGGUCGAGGUGAUACACUGCAAGAGCCCCAAGCAUCUCAUCACAGAGGCGAUCGAUGCUCUCGAGCCGACUCUUGUCAUUCUUGGCUCCAGAGGCCGAAGCGCGCUUAAGGGCGUUCUUCUGGGCUCGUUCUCGAACUAUCUUGUCACCAAGUCCUCUGCUCCGGUGAUGGUUGCUCGCAAGAAGCUGAAGAAACACACCAAGUUCAAGAACAACCCUCUUCGUUUCUCGAACAACCUCGCAGGUCUAGGAUCCAACAUGAAACUUGCGAAUGCCAAAAUCGAUUAA